AUGCCAAAAGCUCUGCCCGAGGUGCGGAACAUGACCAUUUCGAGCCGAUUGGCUUCGGUCUCCGAGAAGGAUGCGGAGGAUUCGCCUCGGCACGAGCCGAGCCCUCAGGCAAUUACGCAGGCGGCAGAGGAGCUGCAGAUUGAGCUGAGCUCGAUGCUGCAAGGAAAGCCCUACGAGCCGACCGCGGAUGACAACUCAUGGAUGGGCCGUCUCCGACAUGGCUUAGCCACCCCGGAGUACGAGCUUGCCAUCACCCUACUCAUCUUUUUGAAUACCAUGGUCAUCGGGCUCCAGUUCCAGUAUGAGGGCUUCCAGAUUGCCCACGCCCUCGGCUUUCCUGGCUAUGGUACGUCGGCCGAUGAGCUGUGGCCUGGUAUCCCUACAGCCUUUGAUGUGCUGAACCUGGUCUUUACGCUGCUCUUCUUCGCCGACGUCCUGUUGCGAGGCAGCCUCUUCUGGAAGACAUUCUUCUGCGACUGGUUCAACUGGCUGGACAUGACGGUGGUCUUGACCAGCAUUGUUGACCUCAUCACUGCUGAGAUGUUCAACACAAGUGUCUUGCGCCUGCUUCGCCUCACGAAGCUGAGCCGGAGCAUCCGCGUCCUCAAGUUCUCCAAUGUCCUCGACUCGCUGACCAUGAUCAUGAAGUGCCUGCGGGCCAGCGUUGGCACGCUUUUCUGGUCGCUCUGCGUGUUGCUGGUGAUCCAGUGUAUUGGAGCAAUCCUUAUCAUGUUCAUGGUGCAGACGUACCUGCGCAACCCCAACGAGCUCUCAGAAGACAACAGGCUGGCAGUGUUCGCCUACUACGGCACCUUCUCACGUGCCAUGCUGACCAUGUUCGAGGUCCUCCUGGCCAACUGGAUACCGCCUUGCCGCAUCCUGGUGGACAAUGUGAGUGAAUACUUCUCCGCUGUCUUCAUCUUGUACCGGUGUCUGGUCGGAUUCGCCGUACUGAACGUCAUUCAGGCGGUGUUCAUCCAGCGAACCAUGCAAGUCGCCCAGGACGACAAGGAGCUCCAGCUGAAGCAGAAGCAGUACGCCGCAGAAACCUUUGAGCGGAAGCUGCGUUACAUCUUCGAGGAGCUCGACACCUCUGGUGAUGGAAUUGUGACCUGGGAGGAGUUCGACGAGCAGCUGAAGGAUCCCCGCACUGGGGCGCUGCUCUCCAUGAUUGAGAUCGACACUCAGGAUCUCAGGGUGUUCUACGACCUUCUCGAUGAUGGAGACGGCCGUGUCAAUGCGCAGCAGUUUGCGCGGGGCGUGCUGGCCAUGAAGGGCCCGGCCAAGAGCAUCGACCUCGCGCGGGUAAGCAAGAACUUGAAUCAGCUUGGUCGCAUGGUGCACCAGCUGACCAUUAGCUUGGGCGCCGGCAUGCCCAUCAGCAAGGGCCUGAGUGACUUCUACAGCCGGGCAUAG